AUGACAAAGCCGACGCAACGCGAGCUUCUCUGGGUCGGCUCGUUCCUUGGCCUUGCCGCCGCUUGCACCCGCUUCGCAGCCGACGUGCGCCUCGAUUGUAUGAGCUGCGUAACCCGAAGCCAUACGUCGAGCUGCGGACAGGCGAAGAACGCCGCGAGACGCGACCAUGGUCGGACGAUACGGCGCUUUAUGGGAGAUGGUUGGCUCUUCCAGCAGAUCUUAUGCAGGCUCAACCAGAAAGUGCUCGACUGGGAUGUGCCCUUCGAGCGGCUGGGCAAGGAUCCGGCCACUGAGGUCAAAAACUUCUGCAGACACUGGGGCGUGCCCCUCGAUCCUUGGCCUUGGUCCAAAGCGCCUGAGGAGUACACCUCAGCGAACGACUUCUUUAUGCGAGACUAUGCCUUUGCAGCUGCUCCCGAGCAGAACUUAGCAGAGAGCCUCGUCGUUUCGCCGGCCACUGCCGUGGUCACGUGGUUUGACACUGCCAAGUCCAUGCCAAAGGUUCUAAAGAACGAUGCAUGGAGCCUGGACCGCGUGGGAAUUCCACAGUACCGAGACUACGAGAAUCAUCCAGCGGCGAUGAUGUACUUGGCCCCAGCGGACUACCACUGCUAUCAUGCACCUAUAGCUGGCAAGCUACUGUGGCUGGCGCUGUUGGACCAGAACCGCUACAGCGUCACAGUGAAGCCUUACAUCUUCUCCUCUGUCAACAUCCUGACACGAAAUCGGAGAGCCGUGGCGGUCAUCGAGAGCGAUGCUCGACCAGGUCUGCGGGUAGCCGUCGUCAUCGUAGGUGGGGUUACCGUGGAUUCGAUCCGAUUGGAGCCGAAGCUGUGCGCCGGGGUCCACGUGAAGAAGGGACAGCGCCUUGGGGCCUUCGCACGCGGUGGUUCUGCAAUCGCCCUUCUGUUCUCCGACGGCGUGCGGCUGGCGGACGAGGGGGCAAAGGCUUUUGCAGCCGCCGGAAGAGACUUCAAGAUCGAGGUGGCCCGCAGCUUGGCCGCCUGA